AUGGACGUCCAAUUUCUUACUUCUUUAGAAGAAACAUUAAGACAAACUUUAGUUCCAGAUUCAGCUGUAAUUAAACAAGCUUCCAACAAAUUACAGAAGGAAUUCUAUACUAAUCCGUUAGCUUUACCAGCAUUAUUCAAUAUCUUACAACAUGCUCAAGAUGAUGAAAUUAAACAAUUAGCAUCUGUUGAAGCUAGAAAAUUGGUUUUAACUAAUUGGGAAAGCAUGGAUGCAUCUUUAAAGCCUGCUAUCAGAGACUCCUUAUUAAACAGUACCUUCCAACAACCAAAUAGACGUAUUAGAAACUCAACUGCUCGUUUAGUAUCUGCAAUUGGUGAAAUUGACUUGGAAAAGGGAGAAUGGCCAACCCUUUUAUCUACCUUAAAUGAAGCUAUUCAAGGAAGUGAUGUUCAAGUUAAGGAAGUUGGUGUUUUCACUUUAUUCACAUUGUUAGAAACUCAAAAUCCUGCCUUGAUUCCUCAUAUUGAUAACUUCUUAACUUUAUUUGGAGCAUUAUUAAGAGACCCAAGCUCUAAAGAAGUUAGAGUCAAUUCUGUCUUAGCUUUGGAUGUCAUUUCCCAAUUCCUUGAAGAAGAUUCUGAAGUUAGUCCAGUUUUAUGUGAAAAAUUCAAAGCUACUGUUCCUGGUAUGGUUGAAGUCUUAAAGGAAGUUAUUUCUGAAGAUGAUACUGAACUGGCCAAACAAGUCUUUAACGUUUUCAACAGUUUGAUUUUCUUAGAUACUAAAUUAAUUGGUGAUCAAUUGGUUGGCUUAAUUCAAUUGAUUGCUGAAAUGGUCACCAAUACCCAAUUAGAUGAAGAAUAUAGAGCUUUUGGUUUACAAUUUUUGAUUUCUUGUGUUUCUUUAAGAAAAUCCAAGGUUUCUUCCAACAAAUUAGGUCCUCAAAUCACUUUGGUUGCUUUAAAGAUUGCCUCUGAAGAAAUUGAUGUUCAAGAAGAAUUAGAAACCGAAGAAGAAGAAAAUGAAAAUGAAGAAAAUGAACCAUCUACCUUGGCUUUAAGAUUAUUAGCUGUUUUAUCAGGUGAAUUACCUCCAUCUCAAGUUAUCAGUCCUAUCUUUGAAGCUUUACCAUCCUUGUUAUCCUCUUCUAACCAAUUCGAAAGAAGAGCUGGUUUAUUAGCUGUCGGUGUCUCUUCCGCUGGUGCUCCAGACUACAUUUCUAACCAUAUUCAAAAGAUCAUUCCAGGUAUUAUCAACGGUUUAAAGGAUUCUGAAAUGAUUGUCAGAGUCGCCGCAUUAAGAGCAUUAUCACAAUUGACUUCCGAACUUCAAGAUAUUGUUGCUGAAUACCACGAAGAAUUAUUGCCAUUGAUCAUUGACAUUAUUGACUCAGCUUCUUCUGUCAAGGCUUAUAAAUAUGCUUGUUACGCCUUGGAUGGUCUUAUUGAAUUUAUGAGCCAUGAUGCUAUGGGUAAAUACAUUGAACCUUUGAUGAACAAAUUAUCUCAUAUGUUACAACAAGCUCAUUCUUCUUCUUUGAAAUCCGCUGUUGUUUCUGCUAUUGGUUCUACCGCCUUCGCUGCUGGUAAAGCUUUCACUCCAUACUUUGAUAAUUCUGUUCAAUUAUUAGAACCAUUCAUUUCCAAUGCUGCUGAAACUGAAGGUAUGACUGAAGACGAUAUUGAAUUAAGAGCAUCUACUUUUGAAAACAUUUCUACUAUGGCAAGAGCUGUUGGUUCCGAAUCUUUCUCGACUUAUGCCAAGCCAUUAGUUGAAGCUGCUUACAACUCUUUGAGUUCUGAACACUCAAGAAUCAGAGAAUCUGGUUUUGCCUUCAUUUCUAACAUGGCCAAGGUUUACGGUGCUGAAUUUGCUGGUUUCUUAGGUCAAAUUGUCCCACAAAUCCUUAAAUGUUUGGAACAAAGUGAAUUCACUUUUGAUGUUGAAGAAGUUGACGAAGAAGAUGAAGAAAACUUGGAUAACGCUCUCAAAGUCCACACUGGUAUCACUAUCGAAAAGGAAAUUGCUUCUGUCGCAUUAGGUGAAUUAGCUAUUGGUACUGGUAAAGAAUUCGCUCCUUAUGUUGAAGCUUCUGUUAAAUCUUUAGCUGAUCAAAUUGAAAACUCUUAUGGUAUGAGAGAAGCCGCUAUGAACUGUUUAUUCAAGAUCGCUAAGGCUAUGUUUGUUGCUUCUUAUGGUGAAGGUUUCAAGGCUCCAAAGGGUGUUCCUCAACAAUCUUAUGUUGAUGAAUCAAUCUUACAAUUAAUUCAACAAGUCAGAAACGUUGCUGUUCCACUUUUGGAAGAAGAAUUCGAAAUCUCAAUGGUUGCUUGUAUCUUAGAUGGUAUUGCUGAAUCCCUUCACAAAUUCGGUGCAAUUGCCAUCAUGGACAAUGCUAGUGAAACUGAAGCCUUGGAAAAAUUGUGUGCUAGUUUGAUGCUGAUUUUGAAUAAGGAACAUCCAUGUCAAGUUGAAGAUGAAGAUGGACCAGCUGAUGAAGAAGAUGCUUCUGAAACAGAUGCUUUAUUAUAUGAAUCUGCAUUAGAAGUCUUGAUUAAUUUGUCUCUUGCUUUAGAAGGUGAUUUCGUCAAGAUUUUCACUUCUUUCAAAGACCCAAUUUUAGCUAAUAUCCGUAGUAAAUCUAAAUCUAUCAGGGUUGGUUCAAUUGGUGCUAUUGCUGAAAUCAUUGGUGGAAUAAAGGGUGCUAAUCCAUUUGCUGAAGAAUUAUUACAAAUCUUCGUUGAUAGAGUUGCUAAUGAUAAAUCAUUAGAAGUUAAAGGUAAUGCUGCUUAUGGUGUUGGUUUAAUUAUCGAACAUAGUCCAGUUGAUCUUUCUUCUGCCUAUCCUCACAUCUUACAAUUAUUAUUCAAUUUGUUAUCCAAGGCCGAUAAGAAGGCUGGUACUGAUGAUGAAGAAACCAAGGAAGUUGUGAAUAGAUCUUAUGCCAAUGCUUGUGGUUGUGUUGCCAGAAUGGCCUUAAAGAACCAACAAGCUGUUCCAUUAGAACAUGUUCUUGGUCCAUUAUUAGAUCACUUACCAUUAAAGACUGGUAUUGAAGAAAAUACCCCAAUUUUCGAAUUGAUUAUUAACUUAUACGAAUCUGGUAAUCAAUUAAUCAUUAACCAAACUCCAAAGGUUGUUGAAGUGUUUGCUGCUGUUUUUGUUGCCGAAGCUGAUAGAAUCAAAUUGGCCAAUGAAUCUACUUUAGGUAGAGAAGAAAACCUUGAAGCAAUGAAACAAUUCUCUAGUGAAGAUUUGAAAAACAAGGUUAUCCAAUUGUUAAAAUACUUGGAUCAAAACUAUAAUGGUGUUGCUUCCGCCAAUGAAGUCUUAAAGUCUGUCAUUGCUUAA